CCGGCGGGUGGGCGGUCGGUCGGUCGGUCGGUCGGUCCCGGUGCCCCUCUCGGUGCCCCUGCCCCGGCCCCGGGGGGUGUCCUUGCCCAGGAUGACGCUGAAGUGCAGCCGGAGCGAGAGCGCCAGCAGUCUGCGGACCGCUCUGUCCGACCUCUACCUGGACCACUUGCUGCACAACCGCGCCAAGCCCGAGACCAUUUCGUAUCCAUCCAGCGCCAUGAGCGAGGACAUAUACACCAACGGGUCGGCCGAGCCAGGCAGCCCGGCCCACGUCAACGGACGGGAAGUGCGGAAAGUGCGGCUCAUCCAGUUUGAGAAGGUCACGGAGGAGCCCAUGGGGAUUACUCUGAAGCUGAAUGAGAAACAGUCGUGCAUGGUGGCCAGGAUUCUACAUGGAGGCAUGAUUCAUAGACAAGGCUCCCUUCACGUGGGGGAUGAGAUCCUAGAGAUAAAUGGCACCAGUGUGACCAACCACUCAGUCGACCAGCUGCAGAAGGUGAUGAAAGAAACCAUGGGAACAAUUUCGUUAAAAGUAAUCCCCAACCAGCAGAGCCGUCUCCCUGCGCUUCAGAUGUUCAUGCGGGCGCAGUUUGACUACGACCCCAAGAAGGACCACUUGAUUCCCUGCAAGGAGGCCGGCCUGAAGUUCAACACCGGGGACGUCAUCCAGAUCAUCAACAAGGAUGACAGCAACUGGUGGCAGGGCAAGGUGGAAAGCCCCAACGCGGAGUCGGCCUCGGCGGGGCUGAUCCCGUCACCUGAGCUGCAAGAGUGGCGAGUGGCGAGCAUGGCCCAGUCCGCUCCCAGCGAAGCUCCGAGCUGCAGCCCUUUUGGGAAGAAGAAGAAAUACAAGGACAAGUACCUGGCCAAGCACAGCUCAAUUUUUGACCAGCUGGACGUGGUUUCCUACGAAGAGGUGGUGCGGCUGCCUGCCUUCAAGAGGAAGACCCUGGUGCUGAUCGGUGCCAACGGAGUGGGUCGCAGCCACAUUAAGAACGCUCUGCUCAGCAACAACCCGGAGAAGUUUGUGUACCCCACACCGUACACCACCCGACCGCCAAAGAAGAACGAGGUGGACGGGAAGGAAUACCACUUCAUCUCCACCGAAGAGAUGACCAAGAACAUCUCCACCAACAAGUUCUUGGAGUUCGGCAGCUACCAGGGCAACAUGUUUGGCACCAAGUUUGAGACGGUGCAUCAAAUCCACGAGCACGACAAGAUCGCCAUCUUGGACAUCGAGCCCCAGACCCUGAAGAUUAUUCGGACAGCAGAGCUUUCUCCUUUCAUCGUGUUCAUUGCUCCGACAGACAAGGCUGACAAGUCAGAAGCUCUGCAGCAGCUGCAGAAGGACUCGGAGAUGAUCCGCAGCCGAUACGCUCAUUACUUUGACCUCUCUCUGGUGAACAAUGGCAUCGAGGAAACCCUCAAGAUGUUGCAGGACGCCUUCGAACAGGCCUGCAGCUCCCCACAGUGGGUUCCCGUCUCUUGGGUCUACUGAUCGAGGCACCUCUCUGCCCGUCUUUCAGCAUGGGGGAAAACCACUGUGAUCUUCCUCAUCUCCAUACAGUCCAAUAAGGCCCCAAACCUCAAAUGUCCUGAAUCCAGUUUCAAUUGUUUUAUCAUCCGAACAGGGUAAGAGUGUAGCGUAUUUUUCAAGACGAGCGUCCGAGGGCCAGGGUGCUGUGCUGGCCCGAAGCCAUCGGCUCCCCUCGUACAAAUCUCAAUUAGUACAGUGCAGGGUCCGGCCUCCCGACUUAUCGGACGGGAGGCCUGGUUGUGAGAUUUGAUACAGCCACCUCAUCUAGCCUUCCGGACAACCGUACGCCAGUAGCCGAACCGAGCUGGGCGGAGCAGCUAAGAACCUGGGGGCUGGAAGGGACCUUUCUCCGUCCUGCCUCGGGGCAGGGUAACACUCAGAUUGUCUACCCUAUAAAUUCCCAAGAUUAAAUGCUAACAAAUCCGUGAUUCAGACGCACGUUCUAAUGAGUUUAGGAGAGAUGAUCCACGCACAAUUUACCAACUGCAGGACAGCUGCCCAUCCUUCAUGAGAAUUCACAUCGAUGCAACAGUCCAACAGUACCCUUAACACAUCCUCUAUGAUCCAUGCUCUGCUUUGUGUUUUCAAAUGCCGUUAAGCAAUUGCAGUGGACCAUGGCUCAUCUUGCUCAAACUCCAAUUCGUUGGGAACGAAGGCACCUGACUCCAUUUGUGUCUUUUUGCUUCGGGAAGGGUGGUGGCUCCAGUGAGAUGUUGCAAAAUGUGUGUUGUGCAAUUUUUAAGGAUGCCAAAAAAAAAACAAAAAACCAUACGAUGUGCAAUAGGACAUUGUUGUAGUCCACUGCAGGGAAACCUUUAGUAGCAAUAAAAAUGUGGCUGUCUAAAAGCUAA